AUGUACACUAUCACCAGAGGCCCCAGCAAACUGGUCACACAGCGGCGCACAGGUAACACAGGACCCACACAGCAACUGGACAACAAAAUAAAUGAAUUCAAGCACAAGCAGACUUCUUGGAGCAUGCCUGGCCUCUCUGCACCCAAGAUCGUUUUUAAUCGUAUGAAUGGGAAGAGGUACCAGCACCCUGCUCCAGCCCUCAGCUCUGACGACUUCCAGGAGGAGAGCUUCACCCCUGCACAUGAGGACAACGUGAGGUUUGUUUAUGAAGCCUGGCAAGAAGUGGACAACAGUUCAGGUCAAGCAUCAGGAGCCGAGAAGCCUGUCCAGUACAAGGAGGAAGAUCCAAGUCCACACAUGAAGAACUUUGUACCCAUUGACCUUGAUGAGUGGUGGGCACAGCGUUUCCUCGACAACAUAGACAAGCUCUCCUGA